AUGGAAAGGCCUUACACAAGAGAUCAAGAAGAGAAGACAUGCCAUUGGAUAACUAGGCCUUACACAAGAGAUCAAGAAGAGAAGACAUGCCAUUGGAUAACUAGGCCUUACACAAGAGAUCAAGAAGAGAAGACAAGAAGACAAGAUCAAGAAGAGAAGACAUACCAUGAAAUAGCCAAGCCUUACACAAGAGAUCAAAAAGAGAAGACAUACCAUGGGAUAACUAGGCCUUACACAAGAGGUCAAGAAGAGAAGACAUACCAUGGGAUAACUAGGCCUUACACAAGAGAUCAAGAAGAGAAGACAUACCAUGGGAUAACUAGGCCUUACACAAGAGAUCAAGAAGAGAAGAGAUACCAUGGGAUAACUAGGCCUUACACAAGAGAUGAAGAAGAGAAGACAUACCAUGGGAUAACUAGGCCUUACACAAGAGAUCAAGAAGAGAAGACAUACCAUGGGAUAACUAGGCCUUACACAAGAGAUCAAGAAGAGAAGACAUACCAUGGGAUAACUAGGCCUUACACAAGAGGUCAAGAAGAGAAGACAUGCCAUGGGAUAACUAGGCCUUACACAAGAGAUCAAGAAGAGAAGACAUACCAUGGGAUAACUAGGCCUUACACAAGAGAUGAAGAAGAGAAGACAUACCAUGGAAUAGCCAGGCCUUACACAAGAGGUCAAGAAGAGAAGACAUACCAUGGGAUAACUAGGCCUUACACAAGAGAUCAAGAAGAGAAGACAUACCAUGGGAUAACUAGGCCUUACACAAGAGGUCAAGAAGAGAAGACAUGCCAUGGGAUAACUAGGCCUUACACAAGAGAUCAAGAAGAGAAGACAUACCAUGGGAUAACUAGGCCUUACACAAGAGAUCAAGAAGAGAAAGCAUACCAUGGGAUAACUAGGCCUUACACAAGAGAUCAAGAAGAGAAGACAUACCAUGGGAUAACUAGGCCUUACACAAGAGAUCAAGAAGAGAAGACAUACCAUGGGAUAACUAGGCCUUACACAAGAGAUCAAGAAGAGAAGACAUACCAUGGGAUAACUAGGCCUUACACAAGAGAUGAAGAAGAGAAGACAUACCAUGGGAUAACUAGGCCUUACACAAGAGAUCAAGAAGAGAAGACAUACCAUGGGAUAACUAGGCCUUACACAAGAGGUCAAGAAGAGAAGACAUACCAUGGGAUAACUAGGCCUUACACAAGAGAUCAAGAAGAGAAGACAUACCAUAGGAUAACUUGGCCUUACACAAGAGAUCAAGAAGAGAAGACAUACCAUGGGAUAACUAGGCCUUACACAAGAGAUCAAGAAGAGAAGGCAUACCAUGGGAUAACUAGGCCUUACACAAGAGAUCAAGAAGAGAAGACAUACCAUGGGAUAACUAGGCCUUACACAAGAGAUCAAGAAGAGAAGACAUACCAUGGAAUAACUAGGCCUUAUACAAGAGAUCAAGAAGAGAAGACAUACCAUGGAAUAGCCAAGCCUUACACAAGAGGUCAAGAAGAGAAGACAUACCAUGGGAUAACUAGGCCUUACACAAGAGAUCAAGAAGAGAAGAUAUACCAUGGAAUAGCCAAGCCUUACACAAGAGGUCAAGAAGAGAAGACAUACCAUGGGAUAACUAGGCCUUACACAAGAGGUCAAGAAGAGAAGACAUACCAUGGGAUAACUAGGCCUUACACAAGAGAUCAAGAAGAGAAGAUAUACCAUGGAAUAGCUAGGCCUUACACAAGAGAUCAAGAAGAGAAAACAUACCAUGGGAUAACUAGGCCUUACACAAGAGAUCAAGAAAAGAAAACAUACCAUGGGAUAACUAGGCCUUACACAAGAGAUCAAGAAAAGAAGACAUACCAUGGGAUAACUCGGCUUUACAUGAGAGGUCUAGGAACUAGGAGAGAAAACAUACCAUGGGAUAGCUUGUGUUUAUGA